AUGCAUGGGAAUUACUCUUACACGACACUUGUGGAAAUCGAUAAGCAUCGGCCUGUUGAGCUAGAACCCUUGUCUGACAUGGUUGGUUCAUGUAAUGGCUUGGUCUGCUUUUCAGUAAGACGCAAGUUCACUAUUGCUUGUGAUCCCAUCUACAUCUGUAACCCCAUGACUGAGGAAUAUGUAUAUCUUCCAACGUUCAACUACGACAAACCAUAUAAUGAUGCCGCGGAAGCUGGUUGUUUUGAUUGUGGAUUUGGUUAUCAUCAUUACAAGGAUGAGUAUAAAGUCGUUAGAAUCCACAGGGUUUUCGUCGAUUUUAAACGGCAGAGCCAGAAAGUUCAAGUAUACACUUUGGGUAGUGGUCAUGGGUGGAGAGAUAAAGGAAGCAUCGAUCACUUAUUAGCUUCGGACAAUGGAGUUUGUGCAAAUGGAGCCAUUCAUUGGGUAGAGUAUCGGAAAAAUAAAAUUGUGGCUUUCGACUUAGCAGAUGAGGAGUUUAGAUUGAUCCCAUUACCACCACACUUACCACAAACUUCGCAAUAUAAUGAAUUCGAUACAAUUUCUCUAAAACUGUUGGGAUGUCAAUUGUGUGUGGUUCAUCUAGAUAUAGGGAAAGUAGAAGAUGUGAUUCACAUAUGGGCAUUAGAGAAAAAGAAAACGUUUAGCAGUACUGACAUGAAAGGCUGGUAUGAUCAGUUCGACGACAAAUGGAGGCGGAAGAAGAAAUUUAGUAUACCAUGCACCAAGGGUGAGAUAUAUAUAUAUGUCGUUUGCAGUUACAAAGAGAAAUCAAGUUCUAAUGUCGUAUAA